AGGGACAGAUUGUAACUUUGAUUGGUGCUGGAAGUGCAGCUGGACAAGCUAUCCCCCUUAUCUUGUUUUUCCAGGACAGCGCAUGAGGUCUGAGCUUAUGAUUGGAGCAUCGCCAGGUGCUGAUGGAACAGUUAGUGAAACCGGCUGGUCUAAUGGCAGCAUUUUUAGAUAUUAUUUAGAACAUCACUUUCUUAAAUUUGUUCCUGGACGCAAUGAUAAGAAAAUCCUUGUGAUCUUAGAUGGGCAUAAGUCUCAUGUGUCUGUAGGUCUCUCUGAAUGGGCACAUAAAUUAGGAAUUGUAAUUUUCAUAUUGCCACCCCAUUGUAGCCAUAUUCUUCAGCCCAUGGAUGUAGGAUGUUUUGGCCCCUUUCAGAAAAUAUAUGAUAUAAAAUGUCACAAGCUCAUUAGGGAAGUUUCAUCAGUAAUUACUAGAUACAAUAUUUGCCAAGUAUCUUGUUCAUCCUAUCUAGCUGCCCUUACCCCAAAUAAUGUCCAGGCUGCAUUCCGCCGUGCAGGCAUUUACCCGUUUGAUCCCUUGGCCAUUGCACAGGAGAAACUUCUACCUGCAGAGGUGUUCAGAUCAUGUUCUUCUGACACUGAUGUCAGUGAUGAUAGCCAGGCAACAGUGAUAGGUGGGGUCCAGUCAGAAUUAAAUGAAAUGUCUCGGGACAUUGUAAAUUUCUUGCACCAGAAAGAGGCUAGUCUUAAAAGGGUAAAAAAUGAAAACAAAACAAAACCAAGAAAUACCAUGAGUAAAAUUGUUGCAGGUAAGGAAAUCAAUGAGUCUGUACUAAAACAAAUGACUGAGCAUGUUCAAAAACAAGGAAAAUCUAACCUGUCAAAAUCUAAGGUUAAGCCAAGUAAACAGCAAAAGAAGACCCCACCAUCACCACAACCUGGGCCAUCAUGUAUAAAUCUUGUUGAAAAUGUGUCAGAUACUGACAGUGAAAUUGAAAUUGAUGAGUCUGACCUUUGUUGUAAAUGCAAAAAAUUUACCCCAGUUGAACUGUUGAACUGCAAUUUUGUAAAGUUUACAACAUGGGGGCAGUGUGAUUCUUGUGGCCACUGGGUGCAUUUGAUUUAUUGUACUUCUGAAAGAGUCUUAAGGCGUGGAGAUCACUUUGUUUGCCCAUGUUGCAAGGAGGAAGAGUGAAUUUGCAUCCUUGCAUAUUUGUGACUUGAUAACAAGAUGUAAAUAAACUUAAUUGAAAAUAUACUUCAUUGAGAAUAUGUGCAAUGAUAACUGAUUAAAAUUGUGAAAAAUUUAUGUUUUGAAUAAGAAUUACUAUGUAUAAAACAUAUGUACCUGUAGAACCCAAUAUAAAAAUGUAAGUGGUCUAAUUGUUGUUUUAUUCGAAGUUACCCCCCUUGAUUAGCAUGUGUAUGACGUCACCGGAAUCAGGGCACCCUCUUUUUACAGAAGAAUUUUUUGGAGGUGGUUAAACUUUUGAAAAAAAAUCAUGAACUACUUAUGCUAUUUUAAUAAAAACAAAGGCAUUUUGAAGGUAAGUUAUUUGUUUUUAUUUGGCAAAUGUUACAACUGUUUUUUUCAUUCUUAAAGUUGGUUUUAUUCUCAAUCCUGUUCUUAUAUCACCGGAACAUGGGCACUCG